AUGGUUAAGCCACAAGGAGGGACAAAAGCUUCGAAAAAGGCUCAGCCGCCAGUUUUGUCUCAUGAAUUCGUUAUUCAAAAUCAUGGAGAUAUUAUGUCCUGUAUCAUUAUGGUAUUCAUCGUUGGAUUGAUGUUUCCAUUUACUAACUCAAUCUCAUCGGUGUUCAUUGCUCCUCAAUACAACGGUACUUAUGUCGUAGAAGCAGCUGGAGAAGGAGGCCAAGAUCGUGAAGUUUAUGGUUAUUUAAGUGGUCUUUUUGACUUGCCAGCUGUUUUUUUCUAUUCGAUUUGCUGGAUCGUUGUUCAUGCUGUUGUACAGGAGUAUGGUCUUGAUAAACUUACAAAGAAGACUCAUCUUUCGAAGGUUUCCACUUUCAAGUUCGGAGAGUCGUUCCAUCAGCUUUUCUUUGUCGCGUAUUCUCUCGGCCAUGCUCUCUUCCUCAUCUCUGAACAACUAGAAAACUUCAUUGAUAUCAAAAGAAUUUGGCUUGGAUAUCCAGCGGAACAUCGAGUUAUGACCGCUUCUUACAAGAUCUUUUUCCUUCUGCAAUUGGCAUAUUGGGUUCAUCAAUUCCCAGAAUUCUACUUUCAAAAGCUGAAGCGCGAGGAAAUCCGCCAGAAGACUGUGCAAGCCUUUGUUCACAUUAUUUUUAUCUCAGCUGCCUAUUUUUUGAACUUCACCCGUGUUGGAUUGGUACUCAUCGUUCUCGAGUACUUCACUCAGUUGGUUUUCCAUAUCGCACGCCUUGCUCAUUUCCUUGGACGCAAAACAUUCUCGGCUCCUGCGUUCCAAGCGUUCAACAUUAUCUUCAUUUUGGCUCGAUUCUGUUCCGUGAUUCUAGCAGUUAUGACUUUCUGGUAUGGCCUCCGUCAAGCUGAACAGCCGUUCAUUGACUAUUCUGCUGGAAACUUCAACACAGCUGUCCUGAGAUUGAAUAUGCUUCUUGGAGUCGUUCUUCUCCAACUCUAUCUUCUUUACUCGUUUGUCGCUUACCAUUUGGGACGAUUCCGUGAUAGCGCCGCAAAGAAGGAAAAAAAGAAGGCUAAUGUUGCAGCUUCUCAGCCCAAAAAAGAGAAAAAACGACAAGACUCGGAAAGCGACUCGAAGAAAAAGAAUUAA